AUGAUGGCGGCACUUACUCCUACGCAAGCAGCUGCAAUGGCUGCAGAGAGGAGAUAUAGAGAUAAUAUCUGGUGUGGCUCUGAAUCUUAUGAUGCAUCUGAAAAUGCAGAAGAAAACAACAAUCAAUAUUCCUUGAAUAUAGUGCACAGUUCAAAAAAUCCAAGGGAUUUUGGUAGUUUUGAUGGUCAGAUUUUGAAUGUGAUAUCUCGGAAAAGAAGGCGUGGAUUAAAUGGUAUAGCAUCAUCAUCUCUGUCUAAUAAUGGUCAUUCAAAGUCCAAGUUUUUGGACCUAACUACAGAUGCUGAUUUUGAGUCAAGUAGAGAGGAUUUAUCGAGCAAGACUGCUCCUAGAUCUGUUUGUGGAAGCAAUCCAACUAGGGGUUCCAUGUGGGAGUGUGGGACGUGUACCUUGUUGAAUCCUCAAACAGCGCUGAUGUGUGAGCUUUGCAGCUCCGGAAAACCCAAAGACGUUGAUGGAAAACGGAAGUUCUGGUCAUGCAAAUUCUGUACUCUGGAUAAUGUUGUAAAGAUGGAAAGAUGUGAAGCAUGUGGAGAGUGGAGAUAGUCUCGUGUGCCCCCCUGUGGCUAAGCUAGCACAAAGUCCUUGAACUGGAGCAGCUGAAAUUCUAUGUUUGUGGAGGCCAUUUUCUUGGUAACAUCUGUUGGAUUAGUAGUUGAAAGGCGAUUUGGAAAGCAGUCAGGCAUCACAAGAGAAACUGAUUGAUGAAGCAUUUGGAUGAAAUUAUGUAAAUGGCACGUUGUACAUUUAUCUGGUGCUAUGCUAAGAUGAUUUUCUUU